UACGUCUGUGUUCCCUGUGAACACUUAUACAAGUUAAGUAACCGAUCUGUACACGCUGUGAAUAUUUACAAAAACCCUUGUGUUGUUAUAAAAUAUAUAUGGAAAUUUUUGAAUUAUCGCAAUACUUUUGAAAAUAUUACUGUUAUGGCUGAUUCGUCAUAUGAGAAAGGAUUAAAUGAGCUUUCCAAGAUGAAAGUUGCAGAUCUUAGAGCAGAAUUGAAACAAAGAGGUUUGCCGACAACAGGAAAUAAAAAUGAAUUAGUAGAAAGGCUUCAAUUUGCUAUUCACGGUGAUUCAACUUUAUCUCUUGAUGAAACGACUGACGAAAUAUUAGACGAAGAUGCCGUUCUUGGGGAUGAGGAACUUGAAGAAUUAUCUAGUAAACCAGAUUCACAAGAUGUGGGAGAAAAAAGGAAAACAAGUGACGACAGUAAUCCUGUAACAAAAAAAAUUGUCCUUAAUCGAAAUUCAAUAAUAGAAGAUGUUAAAGUUAAUCCCCUAAAAACUGAAGAACACAGUGAAAAUAAUGAUUCUGGUCAACCACAAAAACGCAUCAUUAAGCUAUCUGAACUAGGUCCAAAAGAGCGUUUAGAGAUGAGAGCAAAGAAGUUUGGUGUUCCAUUAUCUGAGGCAGUUAAAAAAGAAGCAAGAUCUGCUAGAUUUAAUAGUCAACUUUACAGUAAUGGGAAAUCCGCAGCGUCAAUAAAAACUCCCGUGACAACAUCAUUUGAAGUUUUAAAGAAACGUGCUGAACGAUUCGGUACAAAUACUUCAGCUCUAGUGGAAAAGGCGGAAUUACAAGAAAAAAUAGAGAAACGUAAAGCUCGUUUUGGUGAAAUUUGUUGAAUAAUAUGCCUUAUUUUAUAUAAAAAUUAAAGUUUAGAAUACAACUCAUACAAUCAACACUUUUUUUUCAAUAAAAAACACAGUGAUGACAGCAAUAUU